GUUCCGCCGUGCCGGGCCGUGCCGUGCCGGGCCGGGCUCGGUGAUGGCGCUGCCCGCGCUGCUGCUGGCGCUGCUGGGGGCGAUGGCGGCGGGGCAAGACCCGGGAGACCCCCCGCUGCCGGCGCAGCCCCCGGACGCGCUGUUCGCCGCGGGGGCGGACGCCUACGCGCGGGGGGACUGGCCCGGCGUGGUGCUGCAGAUGGAGCGGGCGCUGCGGGCGCGGGCGGCCCUGCGCUCCCGCCUGGCCCGCUGCCGCCUGCGCUGCGCCAACGGCACGGCGGGGCCGCCGCCCCCGCCCCAGCCCGAGCCCGUGCUCCGCGACCUGCUCUUCUUCCGCGGGUUGCUGCGCCGGGCCGCCUGCCUGCGGGGCUGCGGGCCCCCCGCGCCCUCCCGCUACCGGCUGGGCGACGAGCUGGACCGCGAGUUCAGCAAGCGCAGCCCUUACAACUACCUGCAGGUCGCCUAUUUUAAGAUGAACCGGCCGGCAAAGGCCGCUGCUGCCGCCCACACCUUCUUCGUGGCCAACCCCGGGCACCAGGAGAUGAGGCAGAACCUGGAGUACUACCAAGCCAUGGCCGGCGUCCUCGAGGAAGACUUCACCGACCUGGAGGCCAAACCUCACCUGAGCGAGUUCAGGCUGGGUGUCCGGUUUUACACGGAGGAGCAGCCGGCUGCUGCCAUCCUGCACCUGGAGAAGGCCCUGCAGGAGUAUUUUCUGGCGGACGCCGAGUGCCGUGCGCUCUGUGAGGGGCCCUACGACUAUGAGGGCUACAACUACCUGGAGUACAACGCAGACCUUUUCCAGGCCAUCACAGAUCACUACAUGCAGGUACUAAGCUGCAAGCAGGGCUGUGUUACAGAGCUGGCCUCCCAGCCUGGAAGGGAGAAGCCCUUGGAGGAUUUUCUACCCUCACACUUCAACUACCUCCAGUUUGCCUACUACAACAGUGGAAAUUAUGAAAAAGCCAUUGAAUGCACCAAAACCUAUUUGCUCUUCUUCCCAAAUGAUGAGGUGAUGAACCAGAAUUUGGCUUAUUACACUGCUGUCCUGGGGGAGAACCUGGCAGGACCCAUCCAACCCCGAGAGGAGAUCCAGGUGUACCACCAACGAAGCCUGAUGGAGAAGGAGCUGCUCUUCUUCAGUUACGAUGUCUUUGGCAUCCCAUUCGUGGAUCCGGACACUUGGACACCUGAAGAGGUGAUACCAAAAAGACUGCGAGAGAAACAGAAGGUGGAGCGGGAGACGGCAGCGCGCAUCUCGGAGGAGAUCGGCAACCUCAUGAAGGAGAUCGAGACGCUGGUCGAGGAGAAGGCCAAGGAGUCUGCUGAUAUGAGCAAGUUCAUCCGAGAAGGUGGCCCCUUAGUGUACGAAGGAGCCAGUGUCACCAUGAACUCCAAGGCCCUGAAUGGCUCCCAGCGCGUGGUGGUGGAUGGGGUCCUUUCCACCAAGGAGUGCCAAGAGCUGCAGGCACUCUCCAACGCAGCUGCCUCGGCCGGGGAUGGCUAUCGUGGGAAGACAUCUCCUCACACUCCCAGUGAGACCUUCCAUGGUGUGACUGUCCUCAAGGCCCUCAAGCUGGGCCAGGAGGGCAGGGUGCCCCUGCAGAGUGCCUACCUCUACUACAACAUGACAGAGAAGGUGCGGCACAUGAUGGAGUCCUAUUUCCGCCUGGAGGUCCCUCUCCACUUCUCCUACUCCCACCUGGUGUGCCGUACAGCCAUUGAUGAGAAGCAAGAAGGUAGAAGUGACAACAGUCAUGAGGUGCACGUGGACAACUGCAUCCUCAAUGCAGAAGCCCUGGUGUGUGUGAAGGAACCUCCAGCCUACACCUUCCGGGAUUACAGUGCCAUCCUCUACCUCAACGGGGACUUUGAAGGAGGAGCUUUCUACUUCACUGAGCUGGAUGCCAAGACCGAGACUGCAGAGGUUCAGCCACAGUGUGGUCGUGCCGUGGGCUUCUCCUCUGGCUCAGAGAACCCCCACGGGGUGAAAGCUGUGACCAAGGGCCAGCGCUGUGCCAUCGCCCUCUGGUUCACCCUGGACCCCCGACACAGCGAGCGGGAGCGUGUGCAAGCGGACGACCUGGUGAAGAUGCUUUUCAGCCCAGAAGAGAAGGAUUUGCUGCAGGAGCCGAAGCAGGAGCCACCAGCUGCUGUUGCGGUGGGGAAAGAUGAGCUAUGACUUCCCACAGGGACAAGGAGCUCCCUGCCAGGAGCAGUGCCACCAGCAUUGUGGCUUCAGGCUGCUCAGCCAUGGGGCUGCCAGGCUGGACCCCCCUCCACCCCCAGCUGAUGUGGGAUGGGGAACUGGGGGUGCCCUGCACCACCCCUGCAACAUCCAGCAUCCCCCCUGCAGAGCUGACCUGGGGCUGCCACAGAGACUCUGGGGUGGACAUGGGGGACAAGGGAGGGAUGUUCUUUUAGGGAUGAGGACCCAGUUCCAUGGUAGUGGACACGUGCCUUUCCCCUUGGCCAAAACUGCCACUAUUUAAGUGCCUUCUGUAGAAAAUGGAUGAAUAAAUGCCCUUUUUUUUUUUUUCCUAA